GUUUUCUUAUUUCCCACAGCACUUGAAGGCACUUCAUUAGCUACUCUUUAGCCUUAGCUGUAGCUCUCCUUUCCAAACACAUUUGGCACAGUUACCUUUAUAAAGAUAACAUUUAAUUAUUGGAGCAUUCACGACUUGACAUGAUGACUUAAACCGAGCCGGUGCUGCCUUUAACACAGUGACUUUCACACAGAGGAGAGAGUUAGUUAGCCGGGGAGCUAACAGCUAAAAACACUGAGCUGAACUCAACCAGUUUGUUUUUUUAUUCAAAGAUGGACAAGUUUGUAGUCCGGCUUCCGAAGGGGGAAACACCUGCAAAGCCGAAAAGCGACGAAAAGGUUUACAAACAAACUACAAUAGAGUCUCUACGGAGGGUGGUUGUGAUUGAGGACAUCAUGAGGUCUAAGUCCAUCUUGGAGCUGCCAGGACAGAGCAAGGACAACCUGCUGACUGCCCUGACAGACCUGAGCAAGAAGAUCCCAUCCAGGGAGGUGCUCAAGUCCACCAAAAUAGGUCACACUGUCAACAAAAUGCGAAAGCAUCUGGACCCCGAGGUGAGUUCAAUGGCAGCGAAGGUUUACACCGACUGGAGGACGUUCGUCGAGGAGAAUUCCAAUAAGCCGUCUAUUGAAGUGCGCUCUGACAAACAAUCUGAAGGACUCAGGAGCAACGCCAGGAGACUCAUGUCUGAAGCUCUGGAGGUCAAGGAAGAUUCUGGACUCAUAGACAACAUCGAGAGAGAGGUGUUUCACCAGAGCUCCCGAUUAGUCAGCAGCUCGUACAGACGGACGAUCAGAGCGCUGGUGUUUGCCUUCAAACACAACCCUGAGAUCAGAACUCAAGUGAAGGACAACACGACAUCGGUCAACCAGCUGGUUUCUAAAUACAAGAAAUAACCGACUGCAUGUCGAAGACUUCUGUUUGUUUUUACUUGAAUUUGUCAUGUUUUAUUGAUGCGUACACAUUUUAAUUUUUUAACUUUUUUUUUUAAUAUUUCUUUUUCUCGAUUUUCUGUAAAGGAGGAUAUAAAAUACGUUCACACUUUGUGGCACAUAAGCAGCCUUACACUGUUGCAUGUAAAUCACAGUCAAGAACAUGAAUUUAUAUAUUGAUGAUGAUGAUAAUGACAUUCCUUUGUGCUAGAAUCAUGAAGUUUUUUUUGUUGAUAGAAGCUUUGUUUUUAUACUGGUGGUUAACAUUUUUAUAAAAAUAUGAUUGGAAAUAUGAAAA